AUGUCGUACUCUGAUUCUGUGGAGACGGCUGCGUCUGUGAUAUCCCAACAGACUGGUCUUAUGAACAGAUGUUUGGGACAGAAUAAGCUAAUGGAGGCGUUGCAACAUUGCUCGGUUAUGCUUACGGAACUACGUAACCCUAACUUGACUCCAAAACAAUACUAUGAGCUUUAUGUUAUGAUAUUCGAUUCCCUGUCGGUGCUAUCAACAUAUUUGGUUGAAAAUCACCCCAAGUACCACCACUUGGCAGACCUUUACGAGUUAGUACAAUACACCGGAAAUGUUGUCCCAAGGCUAUAUCUGAUGAUCACAGUUGGAACGAGCUAUCUAAGAAUACCUGAUGCACCAGUCAUCGAGAUACUAAAGGAUAUGAUUGAGAUGUGUAGGGGUGUGCAGAAUCCAAUACGAGGAUUAUUUCUCAGAUACUACCUAUCACAAAGAACCAAGGAACUGCUUCCCGAUGAUGAACUGGAAUUUAAUGCAAAUUUCAUCAUGAACAAUUUUAUAGAGAUGAACAAAUUGUGGGUAAGAUUGCAACAUCAAGGUCCAUUGAGGAAAAGAGAAUUGAGAACUAAAGAGAGGAAAGAACUACAAAUUUUAGUGGGAUCUCAACUGGUUAGAUUAUCUCAGAUCAUUGAUGAUAACUUUGACAUGUAUGAUAAACAAAUUCUACCAACCAUUCUUGAACAAGUUGUUCAAUGCAGAGAUUUUGUCUCUCAAGAAUACUUGAUGGAUGUCAUAUGCCAAGUUUUCUCGGAUGAGUUUCAUUUACAAACCGCAUCUACUUUACUUAAAACAACAUUACAAUUGAACCCAGACGUUUCAAUGAAUAAAAUUGUUUUGAUCCUAAUAGAGAGAUUAAAUAGCUUUAAGGGUAGGAAAGUAGAAGAGGAAAAUGAAAAACAAAAACAAGCCUCUGAAAUAAAAGAUAAAAAUGAACAUGGAACUGUCGAAAAUGGUUCCAGUGCCAAUGGUGAGUCAUCCAAAACCAAUGAGAAGGAAAUACCUGAUAUUAAUUCAAAACCCCUACCUGAUGUCGACAUAUUUGAUGUUUUUGCCAACUACCUUGAGCUACUCAACAAAGAACGUCCGGAUCUCUCAUUACAGCAAUUUAUCCCAUUGAUUGAAUCUGUUAUCAAAUUAACUUUGCAAUGGUAUCCUGACAAUCUUAAGAAUAUCAAUCGACUAUUCACGUUCACAGCUCAGAAAUAUAAAGACUACGGGAAGAUGAUUCCAAAAGAUAUUGAUACGCUAAUGAUAAAGCUAUUGACUUUUGAGAACUCUACAUGUGAAGGUAAUGAAAGAGAUUCGUUUUUCUUUUACAGAAUAUUAACCGAGUGUGAUUCAUUUCCUGAGUUAUUAGGCUUACAGUCAGUUGAAACCCAAAGGGUCGCUAUUAGCGAGAUUCUUGAUUACUUAACUAUAAAUAUAACUGAUGAUAUCGAAGUGAAGACCAAUAUUAGCACACCCUUGUCCACGACGGCGGACAGUUCAGACAUAACUCCUCAAGGCAAACUGUUUAUAAUAAACACUAAAAGUGAGCUAGAAAAACUUCUAAGUCUUUCAGACUCUCUAAUACACAAAACAGAUAAGGUAAACAAAAGAACUUCAACCGAAGGUAAUGAUCAAUUAAGUGCGGGUGCUUUACCUGACGAUGAUUUUGAGUAUGACAUUGUUGAAGAAAAAUUGGCAAGAUUUUGCCACAUCAUAUGCAAAUCAUUGACCCUUUCACCUACUUUGAAUUCUGUCGAGUCCCAAAUUGAGUGCUAUCUAACAAUGAAGAAUCAUUAUUAUAAAGCCGGAAAGAAAUGUCUAUACACUUACCCUGCAAUCAUUACUAAUUUCUGGAAAUUGGUAAGGAGAUGCAAUAUAAUGCUGAAAGAAGGGCAACAAAAAGAAGAAGAGAGAAAGACCAUUGAAAACAACAUAAAACAGAUAUUCAAAUUUAUCUCAAGGGCAAUGAACGACAUGUUCAAUGUAUGUGGACCUAUAGCAUAUGAUACUGUGUACAAGAUGAAUUUAGAAUGUGCCGCGCUUGCAGACCAGUUAUCAUUAUCGGAGAUAUCGUAUGAUUUCUUUUCACAAGCUUUCACUAUAUAUGAAGAAUCAAUAAAUGAUUCAAAGGACCAAUUUCAAGCAAUUCUUCUGAUGACGCAGACAUUGCAAAAGACCAGGUCACUUCAUAAAGAGGAUUACUAUGACUCACUCAUAGUAAGAUGUACAUUACAUGGCUCAAAGCUUUUGAAGAAGCAAGACCAAUGUAGAAGUGUAUAUUUAUGCUCACACAUGUGGUGGGCUACGGAAUUAUCAGCUAUCGGAGAGGAAGAAGGCGUAACGACCAAUUUCUUCCGUGAGGGCAAACGUGUACUGGAAUGUCUCCAAAGGGCAUUGCGUGUUUCGGAUUCCAUAAUGGACAAUGUUCAAAGCUGUGAAUUGAUGAUUGAGAUUCUGAAUAGGUGUCUGUACUAUUUCAUUCAUGGCAAUGAGAAGGAUACACACAUUACGGUUAAAUAUAUCAACGGUCUCAUAGAACUCAUCAAGACUAACAUUAAAGCUUUACAAACUGAGGCUGAGUCAUACAUGUCAGAUGACCCAUCGCACGAAAUAUCUCAUCUGGAAUCGGCAGUCUCCCAACUAAAAAUGCAAGACUACGUAAUGGGUCUAGACGGCUCAUUAGUACAGGUAAGUAAUGGGAUGAACUCUCCCACAAGUGAAGCCACUGUAAAAGCAACUUUGCAAAUACCAAUUCAACAUUUUGCCAGAACGUGCUCAUACAUCAGAGAGCAGGGAGCCAUUGACGAACGUUUCCAAGUGAUAGAACUGUAA